UAUACUUUCUAUGUCUUCACCACUGACAGCUUCCAGCCAAAAUGAGAUUAUCGCUGCACACUGUUAUCUGCUGCUGUGUUUUUACUGCGGUCCUGCCACCGGUAAAAGGUGCCACAGGAGAGCCCAGCACCAGCCUGAAAAAAAGGUUUAGAGUGUGGCUGCAGAGCCACAUGAAGAGAGACCUGCGCAACAGCUUAGUGCCAGCCAAUGAGCAGGAGUCGGACAUCCAUGUUGGACCACGGCAGGACAGGGAUGCAAACGCUCUCUCCCCUCCAUCAAGCUUUGGGCUAAAUAUACGACACAAAAGAUCAUCCGGCUGCUUCCUGCCCACAUGUUCUUACCCAAGCCUGGUUGACACACUGAACAAGGUAAACGACAAGCGAAAAGACAUCCGUCCUCCACCAAUAAAAAUGAGCUCCAACGGCUACGGACGCCGUCGCCGCUCACUCCUGGAUGUCAGUCAGUUUGCCCUCCAGACCGAGAGACUAAGAUGUUGCACUGAAGCUGUUCAGCAAGUCAGCAGAAACCAAAGCACAAGCCCAGUGGCCUAAGACAGGCAUGGAAAGACAAAAGGAGAAUCUUCGAUGGUGUUAUUGGCACACAGCAGAUGAAGAUAAGUCCCCUAAGAAGUUUUAUUCCAGAUUCACAACUCCAUUUAGCAAAAGAAGGGCUGCUACAUCUGUAUGGCAAGUCACAGGAAGCUAAGGUCACUCUGGAUGACAAAUAAAACAUACUGAGAAUCAUGCGUGCACAUGCUUAGGUGAAGGUUUCAGUGUGUCCGAACAAGUGUGAUUUACUGAUGAGCUUAAGUCAGACCUGAGAGACUUGAGACUUCAGCUUCCAUAGUGAGCUUGGCAGCUGAGACAGAAGACAAUUCCUGAGGACCUUCUCUUAAAUAUCCAUGUACUGAGGAGGAACCAAUUCUGCAAGAAACUCUCAAGAAACUCAACCCUGAACUGCUGAAUACAGCAGUCCUCACAAAAGAACUCCGUCUAGUGAACUGCUUGUUGGGUGCAAUUUAUACAAUAUGUACUAGCUUAUGCAUAGUUAAGCUAUAUCAUUGUCAGCUUGUAUGUAAAAAUGAAAUAUAUAGGGCUACCUUAUAUUUAAACAUAAAGUAUAACUCUAAUUUUAUACAACAGAAAUACACACGAACAUCUCUUUUUGUAUUUUAACUUCAGUGAAGUAUUUGAUGUACCUGAACUAUCCAAAAUAACAAUUUUUGUCCUGUAUUCUUUAUGUGCAUUAAUAUCUAAUCACUGAGUUACACUAAUUGCCUUAACAUUAAUGUAUUGAUUAAACAUGUAUAUCUGUACCGGAACCUAAUAUUAGAGAUGCAUUACAUAGAUUUGUUUGGAUAGUGAAAGCCAUGCCACUUAAAGGCAAAGGGUUUGUCUCAUUUAUGGACAAGCUUUGAUGCCAUAGAACAUGAUGGAGAACCUCCUUUUGCUGCGACAGAAGGAGUGAUGAGCUAAUGAAAGUGUUGUGCUGCCAUCUAGCUUCACUGCAACAAAUGCAUGCCAAGAUGUGUCGAAAUCAAAGCACGAAUUAUUUGAAAUGUUUCAUCUUAAAAGCUUCAACUUUGACAUUUACUUGCUUUUAUAUUUGUAAUAAAUUCUGAUGUACUCACAAUUCAGCCAAAAGUACUUGAAUUACUAAACCUUGUGGAAAAUACCAGCAAGUUUAAGAAUUUGUAGCUGCUAAUUGUUGUUUUUUUUUCGGAA